GAGCGGCGGGACCCGGGCUGUUGCGCUGGCGCGGGAGGCGGUGGCGGUAGCUGUGGCUUUGCCGGGGGUUUGGGGUCUGCCGUCCUGAGUUGAGACCAUGUCUUCGUUUGUGACCGAAGUGUUGGCGCACUCGGGGCGACUGGAGAAGGAAGAUCUGGGCACCCGGAUCGGUCGCUUGACCAGGAGGGUGGAGGAGAUCAAGGGCGAGGUCUGCAGCAUGAUCAACAAGAAGUACAAUGAAUUCUUGCCUAGCAUGCAGAGUGCCCAGGACCUGGUAACCCAGGUGGAUGAGCUGUGUGGUGACAUUGAUGUGCUGAAAUCCAGGGUGGAGAGUGAGGUACAACAGGACCUUCAUGUAUCCAUUGCGGAAUUUACACAACUGAAGCAGCAGCUGGAAAGAGACACGGUCGUCCUGAGCAUGCUCAAACAGCUUCAGGAGUUUUCCACCGCCAUUGAAGAAUAUAAUUGUGCCUUAUCAGAGAAGAAGUAUGUUGCUGCUGCUCAGCACCUGCAAAAGGCACAGAACUGUUUGAAGUUGUUAAAAUCCAGGAAAGGCUUUGAAUUACAGAUUUUCAAAUCCCUAAGUGUGGAGCUCACGAUCCAGAAACAGAACAUACUCUACCACCUUGGGGAGGAGUGGCAGAAGCUGGCUUCCUGGAAGCUUCCUACAUCCAAAGUUAGCAGCUUGGAAUCUGCCCUACAGACAGAACUUCACUUGUGUACGGAACCAUCGCAGAAAGAAGAUGAGGCCCCUUCCCCACCUAUCAGUUCUGUGCUCUUGGCAUUUGCUCUUGUUGGCGAGCUGCACACCAAACUGAAGUCCUUCAGCCAGUUGCUGCUGAAGUACAUCAUCAGGCCCCUGGUAUCUUAUCCAUCCCUCCAUGCCAUAAUUGACACCCGUCCGGAUGCAGUUGUCUUUCGAUUUGAAUCUGUGGCAACCGACUUGGAACACUCAUCUCCACCUGAGGUUUUUACAAAGAUCAGGCUGGUGCUGGAAGUUCUUCAGAAACACCUGCUGGACUUGCCUCUUGGUGAUGAUUUGGAAGAUGAAAAAGUAUCUAAGAUUGUAUUGGCAGAGAUUGUGGGUGACAUGAUCUGGGAAGAUAUGUCUGAGUGCCUCAUUAAAGAUUGUUUGGUUUAUUCCAUUCCAACAAACAGCAACAAGUUAGAACAGUAUGAGGAGGUGAUACAGUCCACUGAAGAAUUUGAAAAUGCUCUUAAGGGCAUGAGAUUUUUAAAAGGAGAUACUACUGAUUUGUUGAAAUAUGCCCGGAAUAUCAAUUCUCAUUUCGCUAACAAGAAGUGCCAAGAUGUGAUUGUGGCAGCAAGAAACCUAAUGACUUCAGAGAUUCACAACACUGUAAAGAUCAGUCCAGAGUCUAAGAUAGCUCUGCCAGAACUACCAGCCCCAGAUGAGGGUAACAAGCUCAAAAUGCAAAAAGCGUCUAAAAGUCUGCACAAUGAAAUGAUGAAUUUAGACACUGAAAAUAAACUGGGUGAGCAUUCUUUCUCUUUGCCAACGUGCCGGAUCAGUGAAUCUGUGGAGAAACUGAUGGAGCUGGCCUACCAGACUUUAUUGGAAGCAACAACUAGUAGUGAUCAAUGUGCCGUUCAGCUUUUCUACUCAGUGAGGAAUAUUUUUCAUUUGUUUCACGAUGUUGUGCCAACAUAUCACAAGGAGAACCUUCAAAAACUUCCCCAGCUGGCUGCCAUUCAUCACAACAACUGCAUGUACAUUGCUCAUCACUUAUUGACCCUUGGGCAUCAGUUCAAGUUACGCCUUGCCCCUGUUCUUUGUGAUGGCACCACUACUUUUGUGGAUCUUGUUCCAGGCUUCAGGAGACUUGGGACAGAAUGUUUUCUGGCCCAGAUGAGGGCACAAAAGGGAGAGCUUCUGGAACGACUGUCAAGUGCAAGGAACUUUUCAAACAUGGAUGAUGAAGAUAAUUAUUCUGCAGCAAGCAGAGCAGUUCGGCAGGUACUACAUCAGUUAAAGAGACUUGGAGUUGUGUGGCAAGAUGUGCUUCCAGUAAAUAUAUACUGCAAAGCUAUGGGGACCUUACUUAACACCGCCAUUGCUGAGAUCAUCGGCAGAAUUACUGCCCUAGAGGACAUUUCUACCCAAGAUGGCGACAGGUUGUACUCUUUGUGCAGAACAAUAGUGGAAGAAGGACCCCAGGUAUUUACACCGUUACCUGAAGAAAAUGAAAAUAAGAAAUUUCAAGAAGAGGUUCCCGUCUAUGUACCAAAAUGGAUGUCAUUCAAAGAGUUGAUGCUGCUGCUACAGGCAAGCUUGCAAGAAAUUGGAGAUCGGUUUUACCUGCUGCUGAUUUGCUUUUGAAAAAUGGUAGACUCCUAGCCAUGAGAGUUGAGUCGUCAUAAACAAGUUCAGACAGACUGAGUGAUUUCAGAGUAAAGGAAAACAGACUGCCUCAGCUACGUGAUUUGUUGGCCUCUGUUCUUUUUCAGCCUUAUUUGCUUUAUCACUCUUUGCUUUUGACCCUCCUUAGAAAUGGUUACGGAGAUCAGUAGAUGCCCGUUUCUUGUUAAAACAUGCCCAGAACAGAAGAGAUCCUUUCCACUUGUUCCUAUCUUGUGUGUCCAGUAGGAAAUCAUGUAUUGAAUCUUUUGUUUUCCAGGUGGGCUGAUGGGAAGGGACCCUUGGCAACUGCCUUCUCCUCUGGUGAGGUGAAGGCUUUAAUCCGGGCCUUGUUCCAGAACACAGAAAGAAGAGCAGCUGCCCUUGCUAAAAUUAAAUAGCCCCGUCUUCCUGUGAAAGCCUCGCCAUCAUUGUAAGGAAUCUUCUUCUGGCAUUGUUUCUUAUGCCAUUCUCUGGAAAUGCCUAUUAAUUUUGAUGAACUUCCUGCCAGAAUAUCAUGGAGUUUGACUUUAUAUAAAGACUGUCGUACAUAUGUGGCCUGAAUGAGAUUUGGCAGAAAAUGUGCCACAUCAGCAGGACAAGAGAUGAAGUGGAGCAGGACGCCUCAGGGGACUUCCUGUUGUCUGUGGGAAAAUAUAGUCUUUUCUUCUGCUUCCAGGGCCUUUUGGGAGCUGCGUUCCGGGAGGAAGUGGCCCCUGAUUCUAGACCAAGAAAUCAGGGACACUGACUUAGUGGGGAGCUGGCAUCCACUUCCCUGUGGGAAGGAUAUUUUUUGAAGGGAGUUCCCAGCACCUUAGUGGCCUAACAGUUAUUAGGUGGACUUCCUGCAUUUCACCUUUCCAAUAAAUGAUACUUUUCAGAA